UCAUGAUUCUAUCACUUUUUAUCAAAUUUAAUUGCAUGAUAAAUACUCUCUCGUCUCUCCUACACUCUUACAAUUUCAGCACUACUACUUUUAUGAUAAACAGAUAAAUUCAUACGUGUAAUUUCUAAAACCCAAUCGAAAAACAAAUAAAAAAAUUAUAUACAAAUACAUCAAUUUCACAUUUAUUGUUCAACUAUUCAAAUCAUAUUAUGCUGUCUCUGUUCCCAUCGAUUUGAUAUUCUGCCAUGAUCUUAGGAUUGUCGAAUCCUUCAUUGUUGAUGGUCAUCUAAUCUUCUCUAUUUUACUCUACCUUCUGCAUCUCAAAAGAUUAUUGAGGAUGGUUGCUUUUGGGAAAAAGUUGAAAGAAAGGCAACUUCAAGAAUGGCAAGGCUAUUAUAUCAACUACAAAUUAAUGAAAAAGAAAGUCAAACAAUAUGCUCAACACAUAGAGAAUGGAACAUUGGACCGACGACAGGUUCUGAAAGACUUCUCGAGAAUGCUAGAUAACCAGGUAGAAAAAAUGAUAUGGGAAUGUCUAAGAUUGUCUGAUCAUUUUCAAAUUGAACGCCAUCAAAAUAUCAAAUGUUUUGAUUUUUAUUUUCAGAUUGAAAAAAUUGUCCUCUUCCUUUUGGAACAACAAGGGUUGCUUGCUGGAAGGUUGGCCAAACUUGGAGAGCAGCAUAAUUCUCCUGAUCAACAACCAGAUAUAGCUAAGAUAUCUCAAUUACGGGAAGCGUAUAGAGAAGUUGGGCUGGAUCUUUUAAAGCUUCUUUACUUUGUUGAGAUCAAUGCUAUAGGUCUACGUAAGAUUCUUAAGAAAUUCGAUAAACGAUUUGGAUACCAUUUUACUGAUUACUAUGUCAAAACACGUGCCAAUCAUCCUUACUCCCAGCUUCAGCAAGUUUUUAAGCAUGUGGGAAUUGGAGCAGUUGUGGGAGCUAUAACUCGCAAUCUUGGAGACCUGCAGGAGCGCCAAGGAAGCUAUGCAUCAAUCUAUGAUCAACCUGCUCUACCGCUUCAGGACCCUGUUAUUGAUUCAAUAAAAUCAGCUGUGGAUAGGUUGGGAUACUCAACAAAUUUUCUUCACUUCCUGGCACAACAUGCACUUAUUAUGCAGGAAGAGAUAUUACCAGCUCCAACUGAAGAGCAAAUUGAUGACAAAAGAUACAAUUUCAUGUCACUUAUUUUGAACUUGGCGAACACAUUUUUAUACAUGGUCAAUACAUAUAUUAUUGUUCCAACUGCUGAUGAUUACUCCUUGAGUCUUGGAGCUGCUGCAACUGUUUGUGGUAUUGUUAUUGGGGCAAUGGCUGUAGCACAGGUCUUUUCUUCUGUGUAUUUUAGUGCUUGGUCUAACAAAUCAUAUUUUAGACCUCUGGUUUUCAGCAGCAUUAUUCUUUUUGUGGGAAAUGCCCUGUAUGCAUUGGCCUACGACUUCAACUCAAUAUGGAUACUCUUGAUUGGUCGUCUAUUCUGUGGUUUGGGUUCUGCUAGAGCAGUUAAUCGACGUUACAUCAGUGAUUGCGUGCCCCUAAAAAUUCGUAUGCAAGCAUCUGCUGGUUUUGUCAGUGCAAGUGCUCUUGGAAUGGCAUGUGGUCCUGCUCUUGCUGGCCUACUUCAAACAAAAUUCAAGCUUUUUAACUUGACCUUCAACCAGGACACUCUGCCCGGUUGGGUUAUGGCUGUUGCCUGGCUUCUUUAUUUAGUUUGGCUGUGGAUUGCAUUUAAUGAACCUUUGCGUGAGGAAGAUCAUGAACAACAAUCUCCCGCAGAAACGAAACAAAAUGAUGUGAUGGAGAGGGGUGUUAAGCAACCCUUGCUUUUAACAUCAGAGCAAAACGAGAGAAGUUCAGAAAUUAAGGAACAACAUGAUGAUGAUGAUGAUGAUGGUGAUACAGAGUAUGACGGGAGUGAAGAAGCUCCUGAAGAAUCCCGCAAACCAGUCACCUCAAUUGCAUCCGCCUACAAUCUGCUCACGCCUUCAGUUAAGGUCCAAUUAUUGAUCUAUUUCAUGCUCAAGUAUGCAAUGGAAAUCUUACUCUCGGAAUCUAGCGUAGUUACGACGUACUACUUUGGUUGGUCAACCAGCACAGUGUCUAUUUUUCUUGCUUGCCUUGGCCUGACAGUGCUUCCUGUGAAUAUUGUUGUUGGGAGCUAUAUCAGCAAUAUGUUUCAGGAGAGGCAAAUUCUAUUAGCAUCUGAGAUUGUGGUUUGCAUUGGUAUUCUGAUGAGCUUCAAUUUUUUUGUUCCAUAUACUGUCCUGCAAUAUGUCUGUUCAGGCCUGAUCAUGUUCGUGGCUGCCGAAGUUCUUGAAGGGGUAAAUCUGUCGCUCCUCUCUCGGGUAAUGUCAUCAAGGCUCUCACGUGGAACAUAUAAUGGUGGCUUACUUUCAACGGAAGCUGGUACUCUGGCAAGAGUGGUCGCAGAUGCAACAAUCACCCUGAUCGGGCUCCUGGGUCAACGUAAUCUCCUGAAUUUGACUCUUGUUCCUUCGUUUCUCAUUUGCGUAGGCUCCAUAAUUGCUACAUGCUAUACCUACAACUCUCUUUACUGAUUGAACUCUGGUACAAUGAUUAUUUCAAUCCUGGUGCAUCCAUCCAGUUCUCAAAUUUUGGUUGUUUUUUGUUGUUAUUUAAUUUUCAAUUCUUGAAUAUUGCUGUAUAUUUUAGGAAAAUAUAGGCUUAUUUGUUGCUUUGCCCUCAGUUGCACCUCUAUAGUUACAUUUGAGUUGGUUUGCAGUGGGCAGCUUAAAUAAUGUAUCUAAAUGUGUUGCUAAUAUCUGCUCGAUUCUUGACCAGCUUUCAUGAAUUUUCUACCCACCAAAAUGGUUAAAUAAGCAUACAUUUAUGAAUGUACUUCCUCCGCUUUGUUGCGUUUGUUACAUUUUAUCUUCCUAUGCGAGAUUUUGAGGAGAAAUGCAGCAAAUUUAGUAUACAUCUUUACUUAAAACAACCGAAGAUAAGUUGAACCAAACUCCACAUUUUUAGAAAAAUGAUCCAAAAAGAUUUUGUUAUGUUCCUUGCCAAACCCAAACUGAUUCGUCGGUCAUCGGAACCUUAAUUCUAUUUCUUCAACCGAAAAGGAUAAAAUCCUACAUCAAGUAAAACCAGAACACUCCAUCCAUUACCCACUGACAGCAAUAUCGGUUUGCUCUAUAUUUUCAACUGAGAAAUUAGGCCUAAGCAUGAUCUAUCCCGACUACCAAUGAUAACCCGAACCCAAUAGACACUUGACUUGAACUUCAAUCAACACUGAACCUAUACCAUUUGGGUCACUCAAAUGACUGAUCACAUAUCGACCCACAUUUAACCAAUCCAAAUCAUGCAUGACCCUGUAUCGCGACACAUUCGAACAACACUUGCUCGAAGUAGAACCAUUUAUCUGAUUGAACACCUCUAGCCUCUAUUGAGCGGUUGUCAUGGGGGCUGAGUUAAGUUUGGAUUUUGUGUUGAGCUUUGUUUUUAUACCAAAACAAGUGAGUUUGGAUUUUCUUGUUGAGCUUUAUUUUCAUACCAAACCAUGGUGGAAGGAGCAACAAUUAUUCUUUAUAAACUGCAACGCCCCUGGAGUAUUGUUCUAACAAUUUUCAUACAAUGCAUGAUUAUGAUGGGUGAGUCUAACCCUGUCACUUAUGAAACUUUUGUGCGUGAUCAAUGUCCCAAAUUAAAAGGCUCACUACACUUACAUAGAAGUAUCUCUUAUGUGCCAAUC